ACAUUCCAAGCAGCAGGUCUCUGACAAUAUUUACAUAAAGUUUUCCUGCAGGUAAUCCACCAUAAAUACAAACUUUAAUUUCAGAGUGAAGAGAAAGGAGAGAAUAAGAACCCCUUCAUGAUGGUAGAGAUGAGAAAAUCAAGUCUGAUACUGGCUGCAAAAAUUCUGUCUGUUUCUUUUAUAUUUCCAGUGAAUUCGUUUUCGCUUCUGACAGGAAAUGACUCCAAUGGAAUUGAAAGUCUUGGAAAUACGUCAUCACCAAGAGAGGCCGAUAUUUUACGUCAAAUUGUAAACCAGGAAAGCCUUGUGCGGAUGUCAAUGGUACAAAGUCUACAAGCUCUAAUGAUAGACAUGCUGACAUGCAAAAACAACUAUGAUACUUUGAAAAAAGAAGUUGAAGCCAUUCGGAGGGAAAACCAGAAGAUAAUCGAAAAGAACUCUGACCUGGACCAGAAAGUAAUGAACUUAAGCAAGACUGUCAUUCUGGACGGAUUUUCUUUGGAAAAUUUUGAGAACGGACAGCAAAGUAUCCUAGAGCAACUAAGUGUGGUCAAGGAAACUCAUCGAGAAUUAGCAGGGAAAGUAAAUAGCACAUUAGGGUCUGUCAAUGAAGAUCUUUUAUCUGCAAAAAAUCAUGGGGUCGCAUUCUCGGCCUUCAUGAGUUCAGCAAAAAACUACGGACAAGACCAGACAUGGAUUUUUGAUACCGUUUUGGUCAAUGAAGGCAAUCACUUCAACAGGGCAAGUGGAACAUUUACGUCGCCGUCUGCUGGAACCUAUGUUUUUUCGUGGGCAACACUUACGAACCCAGGAAACGCAGCACAUCCCUACCUGCGCGUUAACGGUGUAUACAAGGGUAAGACAGCUUUUAAUCAGCUAAAUUCGAAACAACAACUCUGGAGUAGUGGUUCAAACUCUAUCGUUCUUUCCUUGAAAGAGGGGGAUCGAGUUAACAUUGCAUCAGGAUAUCUUGGAGCGUAUGCAAGGGAAGAAUUCUCCUCUUUCUCCGGAUGGAAACUGUUUUGAUUUAAAGGAUUCAUAUUUAACGAAUUCUGGGAGUUCAUGAUUGACCUUUCUCUAUUGUGUUGUUUUUUUUAGGUACGCAACAUGAAAAAUGAACAAUCUGAUAUAAUAUUGUUCACAUAUUAUGGAAUCUUUUGUAAAUUAAGACUUGCUUAUUUGUUUUAUCGACACAUACAUGACUGUAGCACGCAGUAUCAUAUUGAUGGUAUGAAACAGUUGCGGAUCCAGA